AUGUCUCAGCUCCUCACCUCUCUCUCUCUCUCUCUCUCUCUCUCUCUCUCUCUCACUUUGUGUGUGUCCGAGUCUUUUUUUUUCUCUUUCACUCUUUCUCGUUGCCACCCCGACCUCAAAAUUUCUCCCACCCACCGUUACGUCUUUCCACUCUCCAUCCAUCCACCCAAUUCAUUCCCACCCACUCAUUUUUUAUUACAAUUUCAACUUUCUUCAAUUCCUUUCAUUUUUCUUUCUUUCUACCCACUGACGAUUCUCAUUCAUUCUUUCCUUCUAUUUCUUUUUUUUUUUUGUCAUAUUAUUUCUCCAUCGUUUUUCCCACCCUAUUUUCUUUCUUUCUCUUUUUCUUUCAUUUUUUCUGUCUUUCUCGUCGUUUUCUACAGACAUUUUUUCUUUCUACUCUCCUCUGAAUAUUUAUUGUCAUCUUUCUUUCUUUCUUUCUUUCUUUCUUUCUUUCUUUCUUUUACUUUUUCCCCGCAGUUUAAUUUCUUUCUUUUCUCUCUCUCUCGCUCUGUGUCGCUCUCUCUCUCUCACAUUUUCCUUUCUUUCUUUCUUUAUUUUCCACUCGUGAUAUUCACAUUCUUUUUUCCUCUCCUUUCCUUUUCUCUUUUCUUGUUUUCUUUCUUUUUUACUUUCUUUCUUCACGUUUGA